AGCAUGGCGUGGGCACAGCGCGAGGUCAACAACGCGCUCUCGAUGAACGACCUCAUGGAGAAGGCCAUGUGGGCGCCCGACGACAGCCGCGACGACUGCUACGUGUGCAGCCGCCACUUUAGCAAGUUUCGGCGAAAGCACCACUGCCGGCUCUGCGGCGAAGUGGUCUGCGGCAGCUGCCUCCUCAAGAAGCUCGUCGAAGAAACCGCGCGCGUCGGGCUGCGCGAGGUCAAAGUAUGCAUGACGUGUCUCUCGUCAACGAACGAGCGGCAGACCAAACCGUCGUCGUCGUCGCUCUCGUCGUCGUCGUCGUCCAAGCUCGCGCCCGCCUCGCACAGCGGCGGCGCCAUCGAGCCGUACGCCAAGCACGCGAUGGACUCGUCCAAGUCGAUCGAGUCGCUAGCCAAGGCCCCGCACCAGCACCACGAGACGAUCCACUAUCUCGACGACGACGACGACGACCACCACCAUGCUACGCUGCGCGACGACGACGACGACCUUGACAACUUUCGCUUCACGGUCGAGUACGAGCUCGACUACAACUGGGUCUACCCGUGGCCGCGGCCGCCGACCUUGCGCAACGAGCCCGAGCGCCUCGACGCGCUGCGCGCCAUGCGCAUCCUCGACACACCGCGCGACGAUGGCUUUGACAGCAUCUGUGAGCUCGCAACGAACGCGCUCCAGUGCCCGAUCGGUGUCAUUAGCUUCAUGGACGACGACCGGCAGUGGUUCAAGGCGUGCAUUGGCCUCACCGAGGCCGCGAUCCCGCGCGACAUUGCCUUUUGCGCCCAUACAAUCCGGUCGCAGGAAGCCAUGGUGGUCCCGGAUACGACCAAGGACCCGCGGUUCGUUCAGAACCCGCUCGUGACAGGCCCGACGCACAUUCGGUUCUACGCGGGCGCGCCACUGAUUGCACCGACGUUUGGCCAAGUCAUUGGCACCAUUUGCGUCAUGGACACCGUGCCCCAUCCGCGCUGCGAGGUCGCGACGCUUGAGAAGCUUUCGACGAUCGUCAUGAAGAAGAUUGCAUUGUCAUCAGCAGCAUCGACAAGUGCGAAUAUGAUGCAUGGCAGCGCGCGAGGGUCGGCGACGAAUUUGCGCGGCUAUUCGUCGUCGUCGGUGUCGACGGUCGCGUCGUCGGCGUCGUCGAGCUACCCGAAUACGACGACGGAUCCGUCCUUGGGCAACCUCGAGUCGAUGAUGCUGCAGCUACUGUCCAAAGCCGCCGAGACCCAGCAUCAGCUCGCGACGCAACAGCAGCCCGCGCUCUUAUAGAAGAAACUCAUCUCGUUCGUGUGUCUAACCCUCGUAACUCGUGUCGUCCGUUGCUG